AUGACCGAGGUGCGUAAGCUUUGCGCCUGCCAGAAGAUCGACAUCGAGGCCCAACUUUCUGCUGGCAUCCGCUUCUUUGACUUCCGGGUCAUCUAUUCUCGCGACCGGUGGGUGGGGGUUCACGGCAUGGAGACUGAGAGAGAAGCCUUGUUCUACUUGGAGAAGAUCUGCACGUGGUUGCAGGAACAUCCAGACGAGGUCGUGGUCCUCUGGCUGUCUAGGCAUGGGAAUGAGACCGAGACGGGGAACGAGCAGUACCCUGACGUUUCCGCCAACAAAAAGCAGGAGUUCUAUAGGCAGAUCCUUCACACUUUUGGUGAUUUUGUGGUGGACCACCAGGUCACGCCCCUGGACAGCACGCCAUUGAAGGAUCUUGUAGGCUCCGGCAAACAGGUGGUCCUGAUCUGCUCUGACUGGGCUGAGUUCACAGGGCGCUGCAGCAAAGCAUUGGAUGCAGCACAGGUGAUUGAGAACCACCUACCCGGGAGCUUCUGUGAUCCAGUCCUCGAGUCCUUGGAGUUCUUCAGCAACUUGAGGCUGAGGGACGGCAAGUAUCACCUCGUCUCCCUUGCUAACAGCGCCGACAAAGGGGCGUUUGUGAAGCAGAUUCUGCCUCAAGGAGUGCGCGGCAUGAUCAACUUGUUCGGUGACACACUUCCCAAAAGCAAAUUGGAGGAUGUACCCGGAAUGGAAAACAAUCCCUGGAGGCUGGACCACGCUGCGAGAUUCACCAACUACUAUGUGCAGACCGUGCUGGAUACUGUGUGGAAUAGGUGCACCCUUCCACAUGCAAUAUAUUUAGACAUGGUGACUGCAGACGGGGGCAUCGAGAUCGGAAACGGCCGCCAGUUUGGAUAUGUCGAUUCCAUUCUCGUAUACAAUGCGCUGCAGGGCGGCGACCAGGACUUGGUCGCGAAGAUGCUAGGGCGCCUGGACUUGCUUCCGCGUAGCUUGUGGGAAGACCGUCGGGAAGGGCGCUCAGCCGUGUGGCCUUUGAGGUCUCCAUAA